GCGCAAGGCCAUGGGCCAUGCCUUGGCGGCCCUCUUCCUCGACCUCCCGAACGGCGACAUCGAGGACAAGAUGGCGACGCGCGACGGGGGCAUCUCCGAAGCCGAGACGGCGCCUGCCACAGAAGAGCCUCUUCGAGAGGCAGGCUUGCCUGCCCGGGCAAUUCAGGCGGGCGCGCGGAGACACGCUCAGGACUCCCAUGAGUAA